GGAGGGUCGACGCUCUAGGAAGGACUCUCUCGCCCCUAGUCCCAGGUUUCCCUUAGGCGGAGACCCGGAGUGAAUGGCAGCUGCGCUUUCCCCGAAUCCAGAACGGGACGAAGCGAGAUCCCGCUUUUCUCGGGUAGGAAGGCGGGGAGGGGAAUCGGCAGCGAAGCCGAGGCCGAGAGCUUCCGCUGCUUUACGCUGCCGGGCGUCGGCGGGGCCCCGGGCGCUCUGCAGCCGCCUGCAGGAGCUUCGCCCCCGGCUGGCUCGAGAGGAGGAGGAGGAUCCCCGAGCGGGUCCUAGCCGGGCUGCCCCCGGAGAUGGCGGAGAGCUGCUCCCGGGCUGCGGCGGUCCUGGCCGGAGGCUUCCCGCUCAGCCCUCCUCGUGCCCAGGAACGGAGGCUGCAGAUGCAGGAUCCCUUGAAGCAGAUGGUCUUGGUACCUCCCGAAGGAAGAGAAACUCUCUCCCGUCCUUCUAUGGAGCAGUUAUUGGGAAGGAAUAACUCUGAGGAGAAUGAAAAUCCUCUUUGUGGUAGAUCAGUGACCACUCAGAGCUCGGUAACCUUUGAGGAGGUGGCUGUGUAUUUCACGGAGGAGGAGUGGGCGCUGCUGGAUCCCAGCCAGAGAGCCUUGCACGAGGAAGUCAUGCUGGAAAAUUCUAGGAAUGUAGCCGCUCUGGCUUGUGGGCUGGAGCAUGAGUACUACAAGGAGCCCAGCAUAAUCGUAUUCCGAAUGAUCAAAUCUGAAGAAGGCACGGUUGUUGGUCAAGAACCAUCACAAGGGAGUAAGAAAAGCUGUAAAGUGAAUGGAGGGAAGGAAUCCUCUGGAUACAGUAAAGGCCUUUAUCUCCCAGCCCAGGAAGUUCACCAAGGAGAAGAAAAGGGAAAAUAUCUCAGAUGCGGCAAAGGAGACGAAGAGAACUCUGGUUUCACUAAAUAUUAUGCAACCCAGACUGAAGAAGAACAAUAUGAAUAUCAAGAGGAUGGGCAAAGUAUCAGCUCUACCUCCUACCUUGCUUUACAUCGCCCAUCGUACAUCCAAGAGACACCAUACGCGUUUAUAAAUUCUGGGAAAAAUUUUAAUUUCAGCAAUCAUAUAGUUUCCCAUAAAGAGGGGAAAUCAUACGGACGUGGAAUGGAUUUCAGUAAGAAACGAUUGCUGCUUUUACCUCCCCAAAUUCCUCCAAAGGAGAAACCCUACAAAUGUCUUCAGUGUGAAAAGACAUUCACUCAGAGAGGUAACCUUACUAUACAUGAAAGGAUCCACACGGGGGAGAAACCCUAUCAGUGCCUGGAUUGUGGAAAGACUUUUGCUGAGAGAACCAACCUUGUCACCCACAAAAGGAUCCAUACGGGGGAGAAGCCAUACAUAUGCCUGCUGUGCGGGAAAAGUUUCAAUCAGAGCGGUCACCUUACGAGACAUCAACGAACCCACACAGGGGAGAAACCAUACACCUGCCUGCAGUGUGGGAAGAAGUUCAGUGGACGUUCCAGCCUUCUGAAGCAUGAAAGAAGACACACGGAGGAGAAACCGUAUCUAUGUACAGAGUGUGGGAAGAGCUUCCACGACAUCGGUGUCCUUGAUUACCACAAAAAGAUCCACACAGGAGAAAAACCAUACAAAUGUAUAGAGUGUGGAAAGAGCUUCAGGCAAGACUCUCACCUUGCGAAACACCGAAGAAUUCACAGCGGGGAGAAACCCUACCAGUGCUUGGAGUGUGGAAAGACUUUCCAUCUGAAAAGUAGCCUCUUACAACAUAAAACCAUUCACACGGGGGAAAGGCCCUACCAGUGCUUGGAAUGUGGGAAAGGCUUCAGUCAGAAUAGCACUCUUUUCCAACACAAAGCCAUUCAUACAGGAGAGAAACCAUACGCAUGCCUGGAGUGCGGAAAGAGCUUCAGUCAGAACUAUAAACUCCUACAGCACAAAAGGAUUCAUACGGGGGAGAAGCCGUACAAGUGCGAGCAAUGCGGGAAGUGUUUCAGUUGCAGCAGUGACUUUAGUUGCCAUAAAAAGAUUCAUACGGGGGAGAAACCAUAUAAAUGUCUGGAAUGCGGAAAGGGUUUUAAUAAAAGGAGUUGCCUUACAUCUCAUAAAAGAAAACACACGGGAGAGAAGCCGUAUCAAUGCACAGACUGUGGAAAGAGAUUUUCUUAUAAAUUUGUCCUCAGAUACCAUCAACAAAUCCAUACUGGAGAGAAACCGUAUAAAUGCUUGAAGUGUGAAAAGGCUUUUAGUAGAUGUUCAAAUCUUAAAAUCCAUCUAAGAAUCCAUACAGGGGAGAAACCAUAUAACUGUCCGGAGUGCGGAAAGAGCUUCCGUAAGGACAGUGACUUUAUUCGUCACAAAAGGAUCCACACUGGAGAAAAACCGUACAAAUGCUUGGAGUGCGGAAAGAGCUUCACUCAGAAUGCAAAUCUUAUCAAACACAAAAGAAUACACACGGGAGAGAAACCCUACAAAUGUGUGGCAUGUGAAAAAAGCUUCAGCCAGAAAAAUCACCUUUCUCAACACGAACAGACCCACAAAAAAGAAAAAUCACAACUUGGGAGCUUUAUUCCAACUGUUUUCUCUUCCAAAAGGAAAAAAACUUAGAAAUAUGUGGUCUGUGGUAAAAUGUUCAGUUGGAAGAGUAGCCCUAUCUGGCCUAAAGGAAUCCAUGUGGGAGAACCAUAAAAAUGCAGAGAGUUUCAGGGAGAGAUUGAGAAAGAAUUUCGCCCUUAUUUUCCAGAAAAAGCUUUCUGCUGGGAGGAAUGUCUGGAUGGUGGAGAAACCUUUCAGGACCAUCACUGAAGUAGAAUUGGCAAAGAAAAGAUGUUAAAUCAGAGGUCUCCAACCUCUUGUGAAUUUCAACUCCCAGAAUUCCUCAGUCAGCCAUGCUGACGGGGGAAUUCUGG